UAAAAAUAUGUCAAUACCAAUUACCAAUGUUAUAAACAAUAUUUUUAAAUUAAUAUUUAGUCUAAACAGUUUACAAAAUGCUUAGUGCAUUAAGAAAUAAGUUUCGUGUAUCCGUCAAUACUGUCGUAAGAUCGUUUCAAACCACAGCAACAGUAGCUACGGAGCGUUUUGAUCACAAAAGAAUCCCAGCUGAUGAUGAAGGUGUACAGGGAGAAAAGAUAAUAGAUUUAGACUCUGUAUUAAAACAAAAACGAAAUAUUUUCCCUACACUUGAAUCUGAUAAAGAAUUACAUGAUGGUAUACUUUACAAAGAUCUGCCAAUUUGUAACAUAAGAGUAACACAUAAUAAUACCAUCUUUACUUUAACAAGUGCAGAAGGUGCUGUAAAAAUAAUACGGUCUUGCGGCAUGGAAGGUUUUAAAAAUACAAAAAAAGGCACUAACAUUGCUGCACAGACUACUGCUAUAAGUAUUGCAUUAAAAGCUAUAGACAAGGGGUAUAAAACUAUUAAAGUACGAGUAAGGGGCUUGGGUCCUGGAAGAUUAUCUGCUGUAAAAGGUUUGACAAUGGGUGGUUUACAAGUUGUAUCAGUGACAGAUGCAACUCAUGUUUCAUGGAAUCCUCCUAGACCACGAAAAGCGAGAAGAUUGUAGAUAACUUUGUUUACUAUACAUAUUUAGUUUUAAUUGUAACUUUGUUAGAAAUAAAUAAAUAAAUAAAAAAAAUUGUAUUUAUUCCACAAAAAUUAA